AUGGGAGCUGGCGCUAAAGCUGAUCCAUCACGUAUACAAAUGAGUGAUAUCAGUUUAACAAUUGAGGAUCCACUUGCCAGGACGGUCAGACGUCGUCUUAAAAAGAUGGGUGUAAAAUCAGGGAUAACAGUCGUCUAUUCUACAGAAAAACCAAAUAUUAAGCUAUUACCAUUAGACGAAAGCAGAAAAGACAAUCCUCAAGAUUUUGCAACUUUGCCUGAUUUCAGAUGUAGAAUCCUUCCCGUAUUAGGCACUAUUCCUGCAAUGUUUGGAAUGUCGAUUGCCACAUAUAUCAUAACAAAAAUAGCGGGAUAUCAUAUUGAACCAUUAUUAAAUAAAAAUCGUGAAUCACUAUAUUCAAGAUUGCAUCGUGAUCUGUUAAAUCGUGAAACUAGGAUUUAUGGUGUAGAUAAUAUUCCUUUGGAUGUGCAUGAGAUUGGAUAUAUUUAUGAUGAGAUAUGGAGAAGCAAAAGUGCAAUAUCUGGAUCUUGCGAAAAGCCAGCCCUUAUAAGAUGGAAUAAAGGCGAGCCAUUAACUACACAAAAUUGUGUGGUUAUGACAAAAACAGAAGUAAAAGAGCAUGAAAAACUUCAAGUAAAACCUGAAGAGCACUACCCUUCCGAAAUAGUAGAUUUGGUACAUGCCAGAUUUAAAGAAGAAAAAGAGAUUUCUAGAUUUCGCUAA